AGCCGGAAGUGCCGCUCCUGCACGGGGUUUCCCGGUCUGCCCGCAACGCUGCCUUCCUUUCUGGCCGGAAGUCGCCGAGGAGAAGCAGCCGCCGCCGCUCCCGCUUUGCAGGAGCUCCCCCGAAUCGCGCCAUGCCGCCGAAGGACGACAAAAAGAAGAAGGACGCGGGCAAGUCGGCCAAGAAGGACAAGGACCCCGUCAACAAGUCCGGCGGCAAAGCCAAGAAGAAGAAGUGGUCAAAAGGGAAAGUAAGAGACAAGUUGAACAACCUUGUCUUGUUUGACAAGGCUACUUAUGAUAAGCUGUGCAAAGAGGUGCCCAACUACAAGCUCAUCACACCAGCUGUGGUCUCUGAAAGGCUGAAGAUUCGAGGUUCCCUGGCUAGAGCUGCACUCCAGGAGCUGCUUAGCAAAGGUCUAAUCAAACUUGUAUCCAAGCACAGAGCCCAGGUCAUCUACACCCGCAACACCAAGGGAGGUGAUGCACCCGCUGCUGGCGAAGAUGCAUGAAAAGGUUCUUGAAUGGUGUUGGAACUCUUCUGUAUAUUACUAAAAAUAAAAUAAUUGAAUUCUUAA